UCACCAAAUGUAAAAAAGAAAUAGUCUUGAAAUUAGGACACCCCCAAAGGUCUUUCCCCUAAUUUCCAUGCCUGAAUUUACUCAUCUGUGCUCCUCCAACAAGCUGUUUCCUUCGCCAAGCAGAAGCCAUGGAAGACUGCUGAAUCAUGAGGAAACCCAUAUCAAAUCACAAGGUGAAAGGCUUGAGUUUGUGCUGGUAAUUGAUCUUUGCUUAGAAAGGUUCUAUCUUUAACUUAACCCAUCUUACAAUCUGCAAAGUUUAUGAGUUUUGGAUCUGAGUGAAGAUUAGGGCUUUUUUGUAUAAUCUCAAUUGUAAUGCUGGUUUAAUGCUGUGAUUGUUCGAGAUUUUAGUUUUUGAAUUCUGGGUUUUGUUGUUCGGUGCUGGAAGUUCAUAGUUGGCAUUGAAAUUUUUUAUCUUUUCGGGUAGGAAGCAUGGUUAGGAUUUAGGAACUGGGGACUAGGGUUGAAGCGUAGGAGUGAAAUUUGGGUUGGUUGGGGUUUUACCACCAUGGAUGGUUCUGGGGAAUCUUCUGAAUCUGUGUCUGCUAUAACGAAUUCGAAAUCUAUGGGAAAUGGGGUUUCGAGUGUAGAUGAUAGGUGCCCGAAGCAGGUGUCGCCGCUUAGAGGUGGCGGGUCAAGGAACACGAGUCCGGUGGGUUGUGUAAGAUCAAGGAAUACAAGCCCUUCUAGGCAAAAGGUGGUUAAGACAAAGCCUCGAGGACUAGAUGAAGAAACGGCUUCUACAUUUGGGAAACCAGUUCAUCCUGAUGUUCAGAUGGAGGAUAAUAUAUGGGCAAUGUUGCCCGAGGAUUUGUUGAAUGAGAUAUUAGCUAGAAUUCCGCCGUUCAUGAUUUUUAGGCUCCGCUGUGUAUGUAGACGGUGGAAUACAAUUCUACAAGAUAGAAGCUUUCUUAAGUUUCACUCACAAGUGCCGUCUCAUGGGCCUUGUCUUCUCACAUUCUGGAAGAACUCUCAGACCCCACAAUGCUCAGUCUUCAGCUUGCCAUUAAAAACAUGGUACAGGAUUCCGUUCACAUUUUUGCCACAGUGGGCGUUCUGGUUGGUUGGUUCUUCUGCUGGUUUAGUUUGCUUUUCCGGGCUUGAUGGCUUAAAUUUUAGAGCCUUGGUUUGUAACCCUCUUACACAAACUUGGAGGACAUUGCCAAGUAUGCAUUAUAAUCAGCAAAGGCAGCUGAUAAUGGUUGUUGAUAGGAAGGACCGGUCGUUUAAAGUUAUAGCUACUAGUGAUAUUUAUGGUGACAAAUCACUGCCCACUGAAGUAUAUGAUUCGAAGCUCAAUACGUGGUCAAUUCACCAGAUAAUGCCUGCAGUUAAUCUUUGCUCCUCAAAGAUGGCAUAUUGUGACUCCAGAUUAUAUUUGGAAACCCUUUCUCCACUUGGCCUGAUGAUGUAUCGACUGGACACAGGGUACUGGGAACACAUUCCAGCUAAGUUCCCGCGGUCUCUAUUGGAUGGUUAUUUGGUUGCUGGCACCCGGAAGCGUCUGUUUCUAGUUGGAAGGAUUGGUCUUUAUAGUACUCUUCAGAGUAUGAGAAUCUGGGAACUGGAUCAUGCUAAAUUUGUAUGGGUGGAGAUUAGCAGGAUGCCUCCAAAGUAUUUCCGAUCUCUGUUAAGGUUAUCAGCUGAGAGGUUCGAGUGCUCUGGACAGGAUAACUUGAUUUGCUUCACAUCUUGGAACCAAGGGAAGGGUCUUCUUUACGACGUUGACAAGAAGGUGUGGUCAUGGAUAGCAGGCUGUGCUCUGCAGUCUUACAACAGCCAGGUUUGUUUCUAUGAGCCGAGAUUUGAUGCUUCCAUAUACUAAGCAGAAAAUUUUGCUCUCCAGUUUUUGCAAUUACAAGUCAGAGAAUUUUUAGCGGAUAUCAUCUCCAGUUGGCGUCGUUCUCUUGAUCCAUUCUUUGCUUCAUCAAAAAAUUGAUGCUCAAUGGAUUCAAGGUAUUCAACUCUGGACUUGUUGGCUAAUCUUUUGAGUUGUUGAGUUGAAUGGCAUCGUGGAUUGCAAUGUGAGUACAUCCCAGAAAACCAGUUUUGUAAAUGAGAUAUUAUCGACUGCACUUGGCGAUAUUACCAAAUACAAGGGCCCUGUGAUGGCUAUUGUCCAGUGAUUGAACAAGGCUUUAGUUUUGAGACAAAGGCUGGUCUUGGUAGAGAAAGAACAUGGUCGAUCGGGUUAAAAACUGUAAGAAGGCAACUUUUCGAAUUCUUGUAAACGUUUUGAAACAAUUAACAAACCAACCUGUAUAUUUUGAACUGUUGCCGUGCCUUGAUCAUUUCAGUUAAAUGCCUCAUCUCUCUUUUGGUUGGUGUUAUAGGUCGUUUUUCUCAAAUCCGUUCCAUUUCCCAGGCAAAAAUGAAUUUUGGAGUUGUGACCUGGUAAAAUGGACCUCUGGCUUUCAAAUGGUUAAAGCCCAUUGGGGUUUGGUCCCUCCCCCAUCAACAUGGGCAUCUGCAUUUCCGCCUUUGCUUUCAAAAACAAGUAACAAAUGGAAAAAGUUCUUGUGUACAUGGUAUACCAAAGAAAAAAAAUCGAGAGUGCAAUCUAAAGGGAUCUUUGAUCUUGUAUUAAAA